UCACACGAUCAGCUUCAAGGACUGGUCGCUCAGCUUAAACGUGUUUUCAAAAUGGCGGACAAAAAGAAGAGGUUUUCACUCGAAGGAAGAAAAAAAGUGAAAAAAACAAGACGAAUAAGCCUAAAAGCCUCCUGGAAUAKUGAGCAAAAAGAAAUGAAAGAGCUAGAAGAACGGCGCCAUGAGAUCGAUGUCGCUUUAGUGUCCAAAUUUUCAGACUUUCCAAUUUCCAAACGGACAAUAGAAGGUAAUGUGGAUCCAGAAUACAUUUCAGUUCAUGAGAAUUCAAAAACCAGUACACCAUCAAGGCUCACGCAGAACUAUGUCGUUUGUGAAUUACCCGACAAAAUAAAUUUUCUGUACUCCUUUAUUCGUAAUCAUCUGAAGUCCAAGAUCUUGGUGUUUUUAUCRAGCUGUAAACAGGUGAAGUAUAUCUAUGAGAGUUUUCGUCGUCUUCGUCCUGGAAUCCCWUUAAUGGCUCUUUAUGGCAAGCAGAAGCAGCUCAAGAGAGUUGGAAUAUAUGAUGAAUUCUGUAAAAAGACUCACUGUGUUCUGUUUGCUACUGAUAUUGCAGCAAGAGGACUAGAUUUUCCUGCUGUCAAUUGGGUUGUCCAAUUAGAUUGUCCUGAAGAUGCAAACACAUACAUACACAGAGCUGGAAGAACAGCAAGAUAUCAGAAAGAUGGACAGUCUCUACUUGUGCUUUUGCCUUCAGAAGAACCAGAAAUGUUAAAGGCUCUUGAAGAAAAGAAGGUUCCAAUAAACAAGAUAAGAGUUAAUCCGAAGAAGUUAACAAGUAUUAAAGCAAAACUGGAUGCAUUCUGCGCACAGGACCAAGAACUGAAGCACUGGGCACAAAAGACUGUCGUGUCUUAUGUACGCUCAGUAUUCCUUCAGUCCAACAAGAAGAUUUUUGAUGCACACAAGUUACCUGUUGAUGAGUUUGCUUUGUCGUUGGGUCUGCCGAACACACCAAGAAUAAGGUUCAUGAAGAAAGCAGAAAAGAAAUUCGGAACCCAAUCCACCACAAGCAGUACAGAACAUGACAGACUCCCUUUCUCAAGCGUCGACAUUGGUGAUAGCGAUAGCGACAGUAACGACGACGAGGAGUCUGAAGAAGAUCGUGAUGUUAAUGAUAACGCAGACGGAAUUAAAGCUAGUUUUAGUGGUAUUGAUGAUACUACUGACCAGGAUGAUCAAGUUAUCACCUUAAAGAGACGGAAUGUUGAUGUAGUACCCAUGCCCCUGGAGCCCGAGGAAGGACAGAAGCCAAAGAGCUCAAAGAAAGAAAAACCACUUGUCUCAAAGAUAAAACAGGUCAAGAAACUAGUCAACAAGAAAAUAAAGAUGAAUACGAAAAUAUUGUUCGACGAGGAAGGCGAGGUUGUGUACAGCAAUGACCCAGCACCAAAAGAGAACGAAUCUGAAGAAGAAGAGGAUAUUGAACCAGUCCCUCUCGGUCAAGAGGAUGGUCGGGUUGUUGGCGGGAUUUCUGUCGAGGAGUCCCGCAGACUACUACAGAUCACGGACAAAAAAGAUCGGGAGAGGGAAAAGAAAAGAAUACGUGAAGAGCACAAGAAAAAGAAGAAGAAACAAAAGGCAAACCAGGAAGAUGAAGAAAUGGACAACGAGAUCAGAUUAGCCGUAGCUUACGAAGAAGACAGUAAAGAGGAAGAUAAUCAAGAACCAAGAUCAAAGAAACGAAGAAAGAAACAUAGAAGCGAAUCAAGUGAGGAUGAAGAUGAGGGAUUGAAUGACAGGGCGGCAAUUAUGGAAGACGAAGAGCUGGCUCUUCAUUUAUUGAGCGAAGGAAGGUCAUAACAUAGGAGAAUUCUUAUGGGACACCUGUGUUUUUUCUCAUUAUCUUUUCCAGAGCCUGCCCUAUUGCCAGCCAGCGGAAGGCAACGCGUGUUUUCUUUCGCUGGCUGGCAAUAGCGCAGGCUCUGGGAACGAAGAUGGAUUAUCGUCUCAGGCACUCCCGUUUAGGGAAUCGAUUUCUUAUUAUAGCCUGCCAGUGAUAUUCUUUAUCACAAGUUUUGAAUGGACAGAUCAGUCUCUUUCCACCCCAACCGACACAGGGUUACCGAAAGAAGUGCAUCAAAUAUUCUGAAAAAAAGCUGUCAGAUGAAGAGCAGCCUUUUGUUGGGAAUUUAAUUUUUUUAAACGUGAAAAAAAUUCUUAGCAAGUAUUUUUUCAAUCACUUAACAUCGCCUGUUCAAGCAUUCUAAACAAGGCAAACUCGUGCCCAGAACUUGGACCUCUAACAUUGAAUAUCAUCAGGACCAUUUUUUGCAUCAUUUCUUCUCUAGUGGGGAAUGUUCAUCAGUUUAAUCACAAGUUUUCAAUAGAAUUCUUUCUGGUUGACAGCACAUGGUGGUCAGUGUUUGACCACCAUUUGGAGCAGAUAAUGAGAUUCAAAGACUUUUUUGUCCUUAACAGGUGGCUUGAAUAGACCAAUUCGGCUAACGCAUUGUUCUACCCAAUUCAAAUCUACUGGGAAUACUUUUCUUUUUACAUUAUAUUUACAUGCCAAUGAAGCACUGAUAUCGAUAUGGUAUGUUAAUAGAAUAGACAAAGAAAAGUGUAACAAGAAUAUAUUAAAAUUGGGUAAAACAUUGCGUUAGCCGAAUUGGUCUAUUCAAGCCACCUGUUAAGGACAACAAUGACAGAGCAGAAAAACGACAAGGCUGCAUGCUAAAAAACGUUAAGUGUUUCAUUCGUGUCUCUUGUGCUUUAAACUUUUCACAAAAUUCUGCUAACCUCCAGCAAUUCUACUUCGAGGUAUUAGCGAAAAUGUUAGUUUUUGUGCUGAUCAAAAUAUCAUCUCUCCCAAUGUUCAGGACGUUAUAUCUCAAAGAAUACGCAUUCCUUAAAUUUCCACCAAAUUUUGGCAUUUUGGUAAUCAGCCCUAAAAGAGCCUGUUUAUGAAAUAUAAAGCUUAUCAACGCAUACACGUCGAAAGUAGAACCCGUUUUUCUGCCCUGUCGACAACAAUAAGAUACAAGCAUAUCAAUCAAACUAUACCAACAUUUAUUCUUUAACGUGUCGAACUCACAGUGGCUGUUGUGAAAACAUUUAGCUCCCAAAAACUUCUGGAAUAUUUAUUUAAAACAAAAAAUAUAUGUUUUAGGCAAAGUAGAUAUUUACCUCAGAAAUGAAAUCUGAAAAAUAAAUUCAUGGACAACGUAAAAAAUCAACCGGAAAAUUUGAUUAAAACUAUGCGUGUUAUUUA